AUGAGUGGCGCGCCAAAGUCCAAAGUCUGGGCCAUUCUGGUUGGCAUUAACGCCUAUCCGACGGGAAUUUCGGAUCUGGGAGGCUGCGUCAGGGAUAUUCAGAACGUCGAGAAGUUUCUUUCAGACAAUAUCGAUGCCUCCAGACUGGAAAUUCUGAAGAUCACUGCUCAUGAUCUGAACGGGGAAAAGCCACCCAACUAUGAUAAUAUCGUAGGCAUGAUCGAUCACGUCAAGAGGAGCGUCAAUGAAAAGGAUUUUGUUUACUUUCACUACUCUGGCCAUGGGGGUCGCCAGCUACGCCACUAUUCACUGUCCUCGGGCAGUCAUUUUGAGUCACUAGUUUUGCACGGCGAACGACACAUGAAGGACUACGAGCUUGGUCGCCAUCUAGACAGCCUGGCAGGUACCGGAGCUCACCUCUUCGCAGUACUCGACUGCUGUCACUCUGGAGGCGGAGACCGAAUCAACAGCCAGAACGUCCGUCAGAUCGACCAGGUCCUGCCUGCGGAUCCCCACGUAGGGGAGGGGCCAGACGAGGAAAGUGGCGGCCUGGCUGGGACUGAUCAUCGCGCUGCGACGGUCAGGCCCUCAUACUGGACGAGGGUGCGCAACUACACCCUCCUAGCGGCGUGCCAACCACACCAGUUCGCCAUGGAGUGCCGAGACAACCACGGCGAGAAGAACGGCGCCCUGACGCUGGCGAUGCUGACCAGCCUCGAGACGCUGAGGCAGAAUGGCCAGCCCUUGACCUUCAAAUCACUCUUCUGGGAUCUCCGUGCCCGGAUCGGGUUGAAGUCAGCGGUGCAAAACCCGAAGCUGUUCGGCAUCGAGGACCGCGACGUCUUCUCCCAUGGCAGCUAUUCGAGUGCCCGCCAGGCGACCGUCGUGAACGCCGCUUCCGGGCGGGUCUGCAUUGACCAAGGGGAGAUACAAGGUGUCAAGGACGGGGAGACUUGGAAUAUUUAUCCUCGUGGUGUCUUGCAGUUGGAAAGCCCGCUUGCGACUGUCAGAAUCGACCGGGUCGGGGCGAUCCAAGCAUCGGGUCUGUUGGCCGCCGAUGCGCCCGUCGUGGAGCGCGGCUGUCCGGUGUCCCUUGUCUCUCCCGUAUACGGGACACACCUCCGCGUGCUCGUAGGGGACACUGAGCUCCGGCAGCAGCUGAUGGACGAGCCCGCCAUCGGGGUAACAUUCCACGAAGUCGGCUACGUGGGGGCAGCCUACACAAUCCGCCCUACCAGCAUGGGCCACCAGGAGAUCAUAGACACCUCCGGCACGCCACUGCUGGACUUCCCGGGCGACAUGUCGGGGGACUCACCGGCGGCCGGGAUUCACAAGUUUCUGAAGGCCCUCGCGCACCACACGAGGGUCUUGAACAUCCGGAACACCAGGGCCGCCCUCCAGGGUAAAUUCGAAUUUGGGGAGGCGAACAAUGCCACCACAGUAUGCGACGGAGGCAUCAUCUACUUGGAGUUUAAGAACCUGCUGCGCCUGGAUCGCCCUGGGUCAGACGGUUACCGGGCCAUCGAGACCCAGCGGAAAACGCUCUAUUUCAGCGUGCUUAACCUGAGGGCGGACAAAACCGUGACGCUCCUGGUUCCAGACCCCGAGUCGGAGGGCGUGGAGUCUGUGGCGGUGGCGCCCGAGGAGAGCAAGAAAUACCCUAUCGACAUGAAUAUCCAAGAAACGGACGGGGAUGCAGGUGAGGUGACUGACGUCUUCAAAGUGAUUGUGACCGACCGGCCUUCCUCUUUCAGAAACCUUGCGACCGAGCAUGCCAUGAGAGGAGGGGCUGAGGGGCAGGAGGACUUUAAUGAGGAGUUUGACAUGAUGUUGCACGGAGGGAAUGACGGCUUCCGGGCAGGGACGCGUCGCGAUGUUGAAGCUGAAGCAAGGUGGCAAACAGCCCAGGUUUCGGUUACGAUCACAAGGAAUAGCACAGCCGAGUCUUCAUCUUAA